GCCCCCCCCCCCCGCGGCGUUUCUAGUUCAUCGCGCCGCUGCGCUCAGCGCGAGUAACUCCGUCGCACCUGGAUUCCAGCGCGAGCUCCCGCAGUGUGGAGGGGAGAUCGAGAUGCCGCGAACCCAAUAAAUACUCAUCUUAAAAAAAGGCACUGCGCGUGUCUCGAGCUCCGUCCUCCUCCUGCUGCAGUUGCUGCUGCUGCUCUGCCUCCGGCUCGCGCUCCGGCUCGCGCUGCUCUCCCCCCGCGCGCCAUGGGUCGCGCGCGGACGCUGAUGCUGAUGCUGGUGCCGCUGCUCGCCAUUGUGGCAAGCACCCAUGAGGCCGACACCGAGGAGCGGCUGGUGGAGCACCUAUUAAACCCUGCCCAUUACAACAAAUUGAUCCGCCCGGCGGCCAACGGCUCGGAGCCGGUAACCGUGCAGCUCAUGGUGUCCUUGGCGCAGCUGAUCAGUGUGCACGAGAGAGAGCAGGUUAUGACCACUAAUGUGUGGUUGACACAGGCAUCCGGCCGAAUUCCCGGGGAGGAGCGAUCGGCCCUGACCGAGGGAUCUGCUCCAGACGGUCGGAGCAGAUGUCAGGCUGGGCGACGAUGGAACGGGGGUUGCGCGACAGCCGCACGCGGCGAGCGCAAACGCGCAGAAUGGCAGGACUACCGGCUGACGUGGGUCCCGGAGGAGUUCGACGGGAUGGUGAAGGUCAGACUGCCCUCCAAACAUAUCUGGCUGCCCGACGUGGUGCUCUACAACAAUGCUGACGGGAUGUACGAGGUGUCUUUCUACUCCAACGCUCUGGUUUCCUAUGACGGCAGCAUCUUCUGGCUCCCGCCGGCCAUCUACAAGAGCGCCUGCAAGAUCGAGGUCAAGCACUUCCCCUUCGACCAGCAGAACUGCACCAUGCGCUUCCGUUCCUGGACCUACGACCGCACCGAGAUCGACCUGGUGUUGAAGACCGACGUAGCCAGCAUGGAUGACUUCACACCCAGCGGCGAGUGGGACAUCAUUGCCCUUCCUGGGCGUCGCAAUGAGAACCCUGCCGAAUCGACCUACGUGGACAUCACUUACGACUUCAUUAUCCGUCGCAAGCCGCUCUUCUACACCAUCAACCUCAUCAUCCCCUGCGUGCUCAUCACCUCGCUGGCCAUCCUGGUCUUCUACCUGCCCUCCGACUGUGGCGAGAAGAUGACUCUUUGCAUCUCCGUUCUACUUGCCCUCACUGUCUUCCUGCUGCUCAUCUCCAAGAUCGUGCCCCCGACUUCCCUGGACGUCCCGCUGGUGGGCAAGUACUUAAUGUUCACCAUGGUGCUCGUGACCUUCUCCAUCGUAACGAGUGUGUGCGUGCUCAACGUGCACCAUCGCUCACCCACCACGCACACCAUGCCUCCCUGGGUCAGGCUGGUGUUUCUGGACAAGCUGCCCGCCCUGCUGUUCAUGCGGCAGCCCAGGAACCACUGCGAGCGUCAGAGGCUGAGGCAGAAACGGCGGGCGAAGGAGCAGAAGGAAGGGGGUCGCAGUGCGGCGGCGGCGGCAGCGGGGCUGGGGCUGGGCCUGGGCCUGGCCGCCGGGGGGCCGACCAGCGAGAGCAGCGAGCCCUGCACUUGCUACGUGAACCGUGCCUCUGUGAAGCGGUUCGGGGAAGAGCCGGCAGGAGGCGGAGACGGGCUGAACGGACUGAGGGAGGCCAGGGACGGAAGCGCGACGCCCCUGCAGUCCUCCACUUUGGGCCCCACCCUCACUCAAGCGCUGCUGGGGCAAGCGUGUCCUGGCUUCGAGGAAGCGGUCGAAGGCGUGCGGUUCAUUGCCAACCACAUGAAGAGCGAAGAUGACGACCAAAGCGUGAGCGAGGACUGGAAAUACGUUGCCAUGGUGAUCGACCGCCUUUUCCUGUGGAUUUUUGUUAUCGUCUGCGUCUUUGGCACAGUGGGCAUGUUCCUGCAGCCCCUCUUCCAGAACUACACCGCGAAAACGGUUACCCAUACGCCGGGCUGAGCAGCGAAGGGUUC